ACGUAAACGGCGCAAAUUUAUUUGUUUCUCCGCAAUUAUGUCCUGUUUAAUAAUUUCAGCCAAUCAGAAUGUUGGAUUGUUUCAUGAGCAAUAUGGCGCCAAAUUAAGAUUGCGGGAAUUGGAGAAAAUUAGGAGAAUUGAUUUACAUCAUCACCAUGGAGACAAGACAUCAAAGGAAGAGAAGUUUGCACAGCUCUCCCUGCAAAAAAGCAAGAAUGGAGCUUGACUUUGGACAGAAUACACCUUCACCAAAAAGAAUCAAACUCCAUGCAGUGAUACCACCUGAAAAGGAUAGCGCUGAACUUGAUGCAGAUUCUUUUACAAUCAAAUCUUUUUAUGGUAAACGUGAGAAGAUUCACUUCCCCCAUUCUCCUGGCAGGAGAAAGGCAGUGGAUAAAGUUUUAGAGAAAUUAUCUGAUGAAAAUACGGAUUCGGAAAAUGAAAGACUUGCCCUGAGGAAAAGGGAUGGUAAAAACAGAAAGGGGGAACUUAAAAAUCAAGACAUGUCAAAGUUUGAGUUCCAUUCAUCAGACUCUGGUGAUACUGAAACUGAAGAUAAAUCGAGGCCAGUCUUAAAGCAGAAAAACAUUGGGAGCAAUAAAAAAGUUCCAUUAAAUGUUACGAAAGUUAAGAAAACUCCAAAAAGUAAUUCCAACCAGAAAGUGUUGGCUAAAUCAACAGGUAAAAUACCAAAUAAGGUAGAUAAAAGUUUAGAACAAGAAAGGACACCUAUGACCACCGGGAAGAAAUUCUUUAAAAAUCGAUCCCCUGCUUCAGCGGAUAAAUGUUUUGGUAAUUUAGUGAUUAAGAAAGGUUUUGAGUUAAAGUUUUACCCAAAGAGAUUAGACUUAUCCAAAACAGGCAGCAAUAAGCCAAAAAGUGCAAGUAAAAAGGAGAAGGCAAAGCCUAAACCUGUGGAAAAGGUAAAAGCUAACAAGGCUAAGUGUUUCCACAAAGAUUCAGUUUUCUUUGUUGAAGAUAACUUUAAGCUUGAUGGAACUGAGGUUAUUGAUUCUACUGAAACUCUGGACACAUCAAGAAAAACAGUUGUAUCUUCUUCUGCAGAGGAGGUUGUGAAUGAGAAACUAGAUUCCGGUAUUGAAACUGCAAAUUCAAAUGACUUAUUCAGUUCACCUGAUACUGUGGCUACAGAUACUAGACAGUUAGAUAACAUAGUAAAAGAAUCUGAUGAAUGUUUGACUGAUGAACCAGAAAAAAGUUCUGAAGUUUCAAGCGAAACAAUGAGUCUCAUAGGUGUCGGUUCGGAAGAUUUAUUCUCCAGUAGUGGUCGGAGCACACCGGUCAAUGUCAUAAGUGGAGAAUGUACUCCAUCAGAGCUAACACCACUACAGAGUUGUAAUGGAUCUCCAACAGGGUCAAGUGAGGAAAGUUCUUUGGUGUCAGGAACAGAUGGCUCAAGUAAAGUCAAGCUUUUCCCAAUAUUUAUGAAGAAAUCACCUUCAAGUUCUAGUCAGUUAAGCAAGCUCAAGGGAAAUUCUCCACGAGGUACAAGGUCACCAGGAGGGUCAAGUGUGAAUUCACCAUUGCUGAAAUAUGUGAAGAGCAAAGACAGCAAGGAGCAAAUGAUUAUUGAUGCUGGUCAGAAAAAGUUUGGAGCUACACAGUGUGAAGUGUGUGGGAUGGUGUAUACAAUGUGCGAGCCCGCAGACGAGGGGAUGCACGUAAAGUUCCACCAGAGCUUACUCAAUGCUCUCAAAUUUCCUGGUUGGAAGAAGGAACAUGUGGUACAAGAAUUUAUGGAUACAGGCAGCCGUAUCAUAAUGAUCACAACAGAGAGCCCCAAAUAUGCUAUAAAAAAGGUUGAAGAGAUUAACAAGGUGAUGGGUGAAGAACUUGGCUUUCCAGAACCCAACCUGACUUUUAGAUCAUCAUAUAAGGCAUUUAUAUUUGUGUCGGAGGAGAAGAAGAUAGAAGGUUGUUGUGUCGUGGAACCAGUGAGAGAGGGUUAUAGAGUGUUACCAGACACACAAGCUAGUCAGUCCUCUCAGAAUCACCCCGGACAUCGACCAUGGUGUUGUAGCGACGAGGCGGAGCCAGUACAGAUCGGUAUAAGUCGUAUCUGGGUGUACAGUCAAGCUAGGAGGAAAGGCAUUGCUACCAAACUACUAGACUGUGUUAGACAAUGGUCUAUAUAUGGAACUGUGAUACCAAAACACAAGGUGGCCUUCUCUGACCCUACACCGGACGGAAAACUUCUAGCCACAAGAUACAUCGGCACACCGACUUUCCUCGUUUACAAAUAUCAUUAGCCAUUGUUUUAACUUUCUGGUUACGAGCAAGUCAAGUGAUGUUGUUACUUAUGUGUUUUCGCUGUAACGUAUUAUAACAUGUUGUAAUAGCUAUGGAGUAUUUUUCAUAUUAUUCGAAUAAAAUAGAGAAUAUUGUGAAAAAGUGUGAAAUUCUGAAGGGUUGUAUCUCAGCUCAAGUUUAUUGUAAAUCUCUGAAUUUUUUGUAUCUUCAACAAAAUGACAGAACAUAGUUUAAGAUAAGACAUGUAAUAAGAUAAAUAUGUGAUUUAUAAAAAUAAACAGAAACUCCUUGAAAAAGAGGGGACCGGGUUUAACCCCUCAAAACGUUGGAGAUAGAAAAGUUUGUGUAGUAGAUAAAUAUUCAAGAAAAUGGUCACAAUAGUGAUGAGAUAUUGUUUCUACGUAGCUUUAAACUUGCAUUUUCUAAAUGUUAUAGUGAGUUCAAUGAUAUUAGGACAAGAUAGAUAUUAUUAAUGGUUACUUGUACAAUAAUCAAUAUUACUAGUAUCGCACACACAUUUUUUUCCCCAGUGUUAAGUUUGAUCCUAAUAGUUAUUGAAUAGGUUUUAGCGCUAAAACAUAUUUCACAAUGAACACAAAAGAUGAAGAAACAUCUACAUAGCCUCUUUGAAAUAUUUGUAAAUUUCUUUCUAAUACAAAGUUUUGGUCAUUUUGACAAUUGAGGGAUUAUCAAAUCUUUGGAUUCAGGUGGCUUACAGAACGUCCAUGGUUCUACUCAAAAGCCAGUUUGUCCCUAUUAUAAUGUUCCAAGGGAGGUCUUCCUCCACCAGUAAAGCCGGAAAGUCGCCUUAUGACCUCUACUGUGUUGAUGCAACAUCAAAUCCAAUCUAAAUAAGAAAAACACAAUUUUUGCUUUUAUACAUUUGCGAUUGAUCAUUUGUGUGCUAGUAAAACACACAAAAUUUCCCAACAUUAAAUAAUAUUUGCAGUAAUGGACAAUUGAAUGGUAUCUUUUUUACUACCUUCAGUGUAUGAAUUUAUCAAAAUAAUGUGACAAAUUUUUUUACAGAAUUUUGAAACUUGUAUUCAGAAAUUUGUUUGUUUCUGUAUUUGAAAUUUAAUUGCAAUAAACUUAAGAAAUGCAUACAUUUAUGAAUACAAUACUUUGUUCAUUAUUAAUUCAAGUUUAAUUAUUACAUAUACACAAUGUUAAGAGUUUUGCACAAAGAUGUGUCAAUUAAAGACUUAAAGCACUAUAUCGAAUCACAUAUUAUUAUUUUAUGGUGAUAAUGUUAUCUACCAUGAUAUUAAGUUGGAUUGAAUUUUUGUGCAAUUUUGCAAUGAUUUUAAAAGGUUUUUCGAAGACAUUUAUUUCAUUGCACAUCAGAGUAUGUUUUCAAUGAAUGAUAUUCAUUUUUGGUAUGUUAUUUGUUGCGUUAGUUCAGAGGUGAGCUACAGUGAUCAUCAGAUUUAUGUUCACAAGCUUCGUAAUACUUAUUGUGAUAAAUAACAAAACAAUUUAGUGCAUGAAAUAUUUGUAGGAAGCUUCUGUUAACACCCACUUGUCAGCUUCUUAAAUAUGCCAUCUACAUGGUUUGAGGUGGGAAGCUCUGGUGUGGAAAACUGAAGAGCCACCAUGGUUCUCCUGUUUGUUGUAUCCUUUUCUUUUUUUUUUCGUCUUUUUGCCAUCAAAUAAUGGAUUGAUUCUUUUGUUUUAAUUUAGUUACAUUGUUACUGGAAGCCUGAUGUACUGGUUAUUGUUUGUUUAAAUAGAUAUGAGCCGCGUCACAACAAAACCAACAUAGUCUGUUUGCGACCAGCAUGGAUCCAGACCAGCCUGCGCAUCCGCGCAGUCUGAUCAGGAUCCAUACUGUUCGCUUACCAA